AUGAAGAUAGGAUUAUUUAUAUUUGUGUUUGUCUUCAUUUUUGUUGCAGUUUUUGGACAAUCUAUUCCUACUAAAAAAUGUCCUCCCGGAGAGCAUUCAGUACUAUACUGUCCAAGAAUGGCGGAACCUUCAUGUAAUAAUCCUACUCUGCACCGUAAAUUCGGUGCUUGCGGCAUACCAGAUUGCUUCUGCGAUACACCUAAUGUUAGAGAUACCAAUACUAACAGAUGUAUACCUUCGUCUGAAUGU